CGGGUUAGGAGGUCGAUGAUGUAGAUCUUCCAAUACACGUGACAUUGGCGAAAUACAAAGUGCUGAUUUGGCCUAAGAUUCAUUGUCUAAAAUCCAAAAAAAAAAAUAUAGUGUAACUGUACAACUUAAAGAACGUUAUCAACGUUGAUAACCCUAAACCUUAAACCUUAAAAACAAUUAGAGACUGUAGGUACAGUCAGACAAUGAUAUACACCAAGCAAGAAUGGUUCACACCGGCCGAAGUGGCAAUCCACAACACAGCGAGUGACUGCUGGGUCUCUCUCAACGGGAAGGUCCGAAACCUCACGUCCUGGCUUCAAGACCAGUUCAGACUAUGUAAGUGCACGAAGGUUUGCUCGUGCGCCGUGAAGAAUUGGUACUGCGGGGACGACUGUGUAGAAUAUUGCAGUUGUUUUAAAAGGGGUUAUGCUUAUUGUGAUGCCAAAAGACUUGCAAUGACUAUCCUCGCGUACGCCGGUAAAGACGUCAGCCACUGGUUCAAAGGUGACGAGUGGGUCCACUACACGCACCCUAUUGUCGGCUCUAGAACCGAGUACCUUCAACACGGGCACGGCUACAGGCGCCCGGUGGUGCCUUCGACACUUUGGAGGCCGGUUAUUAACCCCUGGUGGCUGGAUGAGAAAAACGUUGUAGGAAAAAUGACUGAAAGGACGAGACCCAUUCGGAUCACUAAUAGUUUGACGGGUUCCAGUGUUACCCUGGAAGUGUGCUCCGAAGAGACGAUAUACCAGAUCAUGAUGCGCUACCUGCCUCACAACUCGCACAUGCUCUCCUACACCUGGCGUUACCUUGGCCGCGGGAUCAGCUACGACAAGACUCUGGCCGAGAACGGCAUACCUGAUGAGAGGGAUUUGUUCAGCGAUUUGGCGUUACCUGAGAACCUGCACAUACCUGAUCUAUUGUUGUAUUAUAAUGAUGAUUUGACUGAAGAUCCACCCAAAGACGACUGUUUCUGUCGCGAUGUAGAUUGCGUCCUGGAUCGACCUGAGAAAUGCUACAAAGAUGUUGGUUGGGUUUUAAAGAAUUGAUUAUGUUUGUCUUUUUUUUUAUUGAUCUACUCGCCUUUUCUAAUAUGUCGUUAUUUUUUGAACCCUAUAUUAAAUGUUUAGAUUUAUUU